GUAUCGAAUCAAAAAAAAACUUAUUUUCAAACUGCAACGGCUUGUGAUCAACAUUACAACAUGGAUUUAUUAGGAAACGGCUUCUAAUUAAAAAAAAUUAUGUGGUAUUAACCUUCUAGGACUAGUGUGUAAUGCGGUACAAUUUGUAAUUUGUUUUCACCUAAUCAGUGCGAGAUUGAAACAGAACGUUGACCAUGUUGAAAAAGUGGAAAAUUGUUAUAACAAACUGGAUAAAUUGUUACUUUAAUGAUGAGAAAAAAAAAGUCUUACACAUUAAUUUGGAAACGCUUGUUGGUAUAAUAUCACAUUUGAGGGAUAAUUUUAGUUUGGAUGAAUCAAAAUCAUCUUUGUUGGAUGCUCACACAGUGCAAGAGUUUAUAAUAGAAAAGUUUCCUAAUUUUAAAUUUGAAAAUGGCUCAACAGAACCAGAGUCAGAAGAUGAGGUGUAUACAGCUGCUUCAUUACUGUUGUAUUUUGUGUGUGUUAACUCCAAAGAUGUAUAUAUUAGGAGUGCCAUGUGCAAAAAUCUUCAAACGGAAGAUCAAGAAGUAAUAUUAAAGUUCACUAAAUGCUUGAUGGCUUGCUCCAAUAUUUCACUUGAUAAUGUUUGGACAGCUAUUAAAGAGUCUUGUAUUCAAGCUAUUCCAGGGCCAAGCUUGGAGCAGUUUACAGUAUCUCAAACUCCACCAGCAUUACGUUCACUUCAUAGUGAAGUGCGACGAUUGCAAGCAUCUUUAGAUGCUGAACGAUUUGAUCGAAAUUUUCUUCAAGAGGAGCUUAGCAGGACUAACUUGAAGCUUGAAAAACUAGUCAAAGAUAAAGAAAAUUACAAGUUGGAGGUUCUUAAUCUAAAGGCCAAAAUAUCACUAUGUUGUGGGCAAAAAGAGGAGUCACAGAUGUUAGAGCCGAAAGGAAAUAAUUCAACUAAAUUAAAGAAGCAAUUGGAAGAAACAGAGCAACGUUUGGUUAAUGUUCAGGAACAAAUGGAUGAUUUGCAACAUGAAAGAGAUGUAUAUAAGUGUAAGUUGGAUGAAACCAAACGCCAAUAUGAUAUUUUACUUAACCUGAAUCAACAAGAGACAACCAGAGCUAACCAGUUAACUGAAGAGUUAGAAAAUGAAAGACAAAGGACACAAUCUCUUGAAGAGUUAGUCUCAGAAUUACGGCAACAUAAUCGUUUAAAUGGUUUAGACAGUAGUCAACUGGAAUGUGAUGAUAAUGACAUUAGUUUUCACUCUCCUCUGAAUAAUACAUCUAUUUGCAGUGAAGCCUGUGCAAAUGUUAUUGAAGUCCAACUUGGAGAGGAGCGAGCAAAGAUAGUUGUCCUUGAAACACAAAUUAAAGAAUUAAAGACCAAAUUAACUGACUUAAGUAAAAAGUUUGAAAAUGAAAGAAUAGCUUUUGGUGUCACUGUAUCCCAGAAAGAUACUGAAAUAAAAAACCUAAAUCACAUUAUUAAUGAGGAGGUAGAAGUAAAAAAUACCAUGAAAUUACAUUUUGAUAAUGAAAUAAAUAAACUAAGCAGUGACCUUGAUGAGAUGCAAAUAAAAUUAAAGGAAAGUAACGAAACGUCAAAAAGAGAUAUUGCCACAAAGAUGCAGGAAAUUCAAACAUUACAAGAAGAAAAACUUUCUCUUCUACAGAGUCUAAAUAAUGAAGUGGCUAAACUGGAAAAUGUUAUUAAAAAUCUUCAAGUCGACAUUGAAGCUGAAAAGUCCUCCAAAAAUAAAUUGAGAGAAGAAUAUGAAAAAACAAUAAUGUUAUUGAAUGACAAAGCACUUAACAGGAAUAAUGAGUUAUUUGAAUUGCAAGAUAAAAUUAAUGAAAAUGGUGAAAUGAUUGAGAACCUUCAAAUGCAGCUAAAAUCAGAAAAAGAACUUAAAGAUGACAUUUCCAAUAAACAUAAUAAUGAUUUAAUGAACCUUGCUACACAAAGGUCAGCCCUUGAAAAAGAACUACAAAAUAAAUGUCGUGAACUGUUAGAUGCACACAUGCAGUUAAAACAAUAUACUGAUGCUAAUGAAGAGUUAAAGACAGAGUUGGAAUGUGUAAAGAAUAGCUAUACUAAAUCUCAAGAAGAGUGCAAAGUGUUAGAAGAAAAUAAAGAGAAACUGCUAAAUGAGAUUAAAAACCGCGACACUAAAAUUGAAAAAUUAGAAAAUGACAUAGACGGUCUUGAAAGUGGUUAUGGUGAAAUGAAAACGAAACUGAUAUGUGAUUUAAAUGAAUCUCAAGCUACAAUAAACACCCUUAAAAGUCAAUUACAUGAUGAAAUAAAGUACAAACUAGGUUUGCAAAACAGAAUAUUCGAACUAGAAAAUAUUAUAGCAGAGAGAGAUAAUACAAUUACUGAAAAAGAAUUAAAAUUAAAAGAAAUAAAUGAAAAUUUUGUUGGUGAAAAAUCUAAAUUUAAGGAGAAAUUGAAUCAACUAACAAAUGACAUAACUGAGAAAAAGACGGUCAUAAAAACUCUUAAAGCAGAAGUUGAACAAAAUAGACUGAAACAAGCUUCAAUUUUAGAAGAUUUGGAAGAUAAACUUAAGUCUGAAGAACAAGAAAAAAUUGCAGAACAAGAAAAAAAUAUUUCUAUAUGCAAAGAAAAUGACGACCUCCAAAAAGUAUUGGAAGAAAAGUCUACAAUCAUAGCAUCUCUACAUGAAGAAAUUAAUAAAUUUUCAAAACUUCUCGAAGAAAAAUGCACAGUAAUUCAACAAUUUGAAGAUUCUGCUGCAGUUAACAAAAAACUGUUUGAUGAGUUACAGCACGAUUUUAACAUUGAAACAUCUAAAUUAGCAGUUAAACUUACUGAUACAGAAAAAUCACUUAAAGAACUUAAAUCAAAGUCUAAUUGCGCAAGUGAAAAAUACGAACUAUCUAUACAAACACUGAAAAUAGAAAAAGAAUGCCUUAAUAAAAUAAUACAGGAUGAAAGAGAAACACUUGCUGUUGUUGAAAGUGAAAAAACAUUAUUACUUCAGAAACUUAGUGAAGAAACCAGUCGAAAAAGUAGUAUUGAAAAAGAGUAUCUUAAAAAAUGUGAAUUGUUUAAUAAUAUAACAUCUCAGUACAGUGAAGAAGUUUUAAAAAAUAAAUCAGAAAUUGCUCAGCUUUCUAAAGUUUUGAAGGAAAUGGAGACUGACAAUACCAAAAAAUGUGCUGACUUAAAGACAUUAGAAUGUGACAUAUCACAAGCUGAAACACAUCACAAAGAAAUAAUUUUGCAGAAGGAAACUGAAAUUUAUAAUUUACAAUGUUUGGUCGAAGAAUUAAAGUUGAUUAAUACAGAAUUGCAAAAUCAACUGAAAACAGAAACUGAAAUGAAAAAACAAGCUUUAGAUGCUUUACAGCGAGAAAAUGUACAACUACAAUAUAGCUUAGAAGAGGAUAACAUUAGCCAUGAAAUGAUUGUCAAGGAAAAGAAUAGCUUGAUUGAAGAUUUGGAAGGAAAUGUGCAGUCUUUAGUGCAACAGUUAGAAAUAGUAAAACAAAAUUAUGACGCUGACACAAAGAAAUGGGAGAAAAUGAAAUUUGAGUUAGAGCAACUAAAUAAUCAAAAAGAUAAACAGAUUCAUGAUUAUAUUGACAUUGUUAAAUCUCUAAAUGAAGUGAAUGCUGAAAAAGAAAAUGCUAUUACUGAUAUUAGUUCACAAAAUAAUAUGAAUCUGGAGAUUAUUAGUGAAAUGAAUGAAGAGAUAGUUGAACUGAAGAAAGCGUGUGAUCAAGGAAGUAACGAUUUAAAACAUACCCUUGCUACUGAGAAAGCAGUAAGAGAUUCGUUAGAGUCAGAAAAGAAAAACUUAUUGGUGGAAAAUAGCAUUUUGCUGCAAAAAACUUUAGAUGAUCAAACAGCUUACAGGGUUUUGAAAGCUGAACGAGACUCGUUGCUAAACGAAAAAGCUUUAAUGAUUCAAGAACUGUUGGAAGAAAAAAAUAUGAGGAAAAUGGUUGAAGAGGAAAAAGAAACCAUAUCUUUGCAAAAGAAGCAAGUGUUAGAAGAAUUAGACAAUUUAAAGAACUUUAAGGAAACAUUAAUUCAAGAAAAAGAAUGCCUAACACAGCAACUAAUUGAUGAAGGUUUAAAUAAAAAAAUGUUGGAACAAGAAAAAAGCAACAUGGCUGAUAAGAAAGCAGAAUUAGACGAGAAAUUAGCUACUGAGAUAUUAAAUAGAAUGCAUCUUGAAAAACAAUUUAACCAACUGACCAUUGAAAGGGAAAACUUAACAGAGGACGUAUCUAAGCUUAAAACGAUGAUAAAUGCGCUUGAAAACGAAAAAUCUAAGCUUUACCAGCAGGUGGAAAGCUUCAUAGUUGAAAAAGAGGAGUCUCUCGCUCAAAUAGAACUUUUAAAAAAUAACAUGAUGGACCUAACAAAUGUCAAAAACGAUUUAAUGCAAGAAAAAACCGAUAUAAUUCAAGAAAAAGUAUUACUUAUGAAGAUAUCAAAUGAAAUGAAACAAAAACUGGAUGACGUCACAAGUGAAAAAGAUCAAAUUAAUCAGAGAUUUGAACAAAUAAGUCAGCAAUACUCUGUAGCCACAAUAAAUUCAGAGGAAGAAAUGAAAAAUAUAACAUCAGAAUUCAAACAUCUUCAAUCUGAUUACAAACACUUAAAAGGUGCGCAUGAUGAAAUUGCUUCUGCAUUAAAUAGUGGCUUUGAUUCAUUUAUAGAAAUAAUAAGUACCAAAAACCUUGCCAAUUUAAUUGAACAUAAAUUAAAAUCUAAAGACCUCAAUUUAGCAGAGAAAUUUACUAGUAUUUUGGACGUAGCCGAAUCUCUUAUACAAGAAUUGACAAUGUCAAAGAAAAAUGAAAAUGGCUUAAAUGAAGAAAUUAAAACAUUAAAAGAGUCCAGAGACAAGCAUAAGCAAAAAGUUUUGACACUUGAAGAAGAUAUACAAAAUCUUCUUAAAGAAAUUGGUCAACAAAGUGAAACUUUAGAAUCAAAAACAGCAGAAAUUAAGAGACUACAAAAAGACAAUGAAUCACUUCACAAUGAAUUGACUGGAGUUAGAAUACAAUUAGAUGAAAAAGUACACUCUUUGAAAGACAAACUAAUUGAUAACGAAAAUUUGACAGAUAAAUUAAGAGAAACAUAUGAAUGUCAAAUAGACAACUUAAACAUGAUGGUAACAAAAUUGACUAAUUAUUUAAAAGAUAAGACAGUAGAACUGGAUGGUGUGAGAAAUGAAAGAGAUAAAUUACAAGAGACCAUCGAUAAAAAUAAUCAAGCCAUAAAGUCAUUUGAAGAAGAAAUCAAGACCCAUAAACAAAUUCAAGAGAAGUUAAUAAGCGAAUUUGAAUCAGAGAGGCAAGUACUCAAAAACAUGAUUACAGUGACAGAAUCAGUUAUGGAGGAUCAAAAGACGAGUCUCAAUAAAGUUAUUAAUGUUCACGUCAGAACAAUAGACGCGUUAGAAGGAGAAAUAGCAACGUUAAAAGAAUUAAUUAAUGUUGAAAAAAGUAAUUCUCUCGGCAAACUUAAUGAAAAAGACCACGCAUUUGAAGCACUAUUUAGAGAUUUGGAUGCAUUGAGAAAGGAAAAGGAAAAUUUAGAGACUAAACUGGAAUCUGAGAUAAGUGGUUUUCAGAAUCAAGUGACUCAACUUACGGAUGAAAAGGGUAGUUUAUAUGAGGAAUUUGAGAAAUGUAGAAAAGAUAUUGUUUGCAAAGAUGAAGAAAAUAAUGAACUAAAAAUCAAAUUGGAUGUAGUGCAAAAAGAGCGUGAUUCAAUUAAUAAAGACUUGGGUGAACUCAAAAUUAAUAACAGCUUAUUGCAAGAACAAAUACAAAGUCACAACGAAAUUCUUAACAAAGUUACGAAUUUAGAAAGAGAUAGAUCCGUUUUGCAACGGGAAAAAGGGGAAUUGAUAAAACAAAUUAACGAAUUAAAUGUUAAACUCGAAGCAAAUAUUGUGAUUGAGGAAAAAAAUAUUGAGUUGGUCAAGAUGAGAACGGAAUUAGAACAAGAAUUAAAGAACAAAGAAAUGGAAAUAAAUGACAUGAAAUCACGUCUCGACUCCACAUUGGAUGAAAAUAAACGUUUAUCUCAAACGUUUGAUAAAGAAAAGCAAAACCUUAUUAAUAAAUGUAAUCUCCUACAAGAAUAUCACGAUAAAGCGAAAGUAGAUCUAGAAAAGAAACAAAAAGAGAUAGAUGUAUUGCAAAAGAGCAUUGAAAUGUUAAAAGGUGAAAGAGAAAACGCUAUUCUGUCCAUCAACAAUAAGAAUUUAGAAAUAAAAGAGAUGAAUAGGAAAUUGACAGAAGAGAAAAGUGCUAAAGAACAUUAUUUGAGUGAAAUAAAGGCUUUGAACUCAGAUGUUGGAGAUUUGAGACAGCGUUUAGAUGAUGCAAAGAUAGAUUUGGAGGUUGUGAAUGUUCUAAGAAAGGAGAAUGAAGAGUUGAUUCAACUUGUUGGUCAAAGAGAAACAUUUGCAGUAACCAGCCGAGAAAAAUCACCUAACAGACAUCAAGUGGAAAAGGAACUCCGUCAACUUCACAAUCAGGUAGAUAAUAACUCCACAGACUCACACACCUCAACGGACAGUUUCAAAACUAUUUCAGACCUGGAGAUAAUUCUCCACGACAAAAAUCGCACUAUCACCUCUCUACAAAGCGAUAUUACAUACCUCAAGUCUCUUCUCGCUGAAUCGGAAAACAAACUUCUCGAUGUCUCCAAAGAUUUGGAGCUCAGUAAAGAAAACUGCCAGCAACUCUCUUGUCAGAUCAAGAAAAUAGUCUACCAAAAGAACGAAGAAAUCGCCGAACUCAAGAAGCAAGUGUCCAAAAUGAGCGUAACAGAAAAUAGAGCCACGCAGAUAAUUAAACUCUCGGCUAGGUAUCAAGCUAUGAUCCUCAAAAGAGUCGCCGAAAUUAAAAGCACCAGCAUCUUAAAGGAACUAUCCAACUUUGGCAAUUCCACAACAAGCGACAAUGAAAUUAGGCGAAACCUUAAUGCGGGAACAAUAACCAUGGAAGAUCUCGAGAACUUUUUGGAAACUACAGAUAGACAUCUCAAGAGAUGUUCAGAGAAGCAGAUCGCUCUUCAAAAAGAGAGAGAUAGAUUAUCGGAAGUGAAUAGGAUUAACGAAUCCGAAGUUAUCAAUAUGAGGAAGUUUUUGACGGAGCUAUCCGUUAGUGUGAAGACAUUUAACUCGAUGAAGGAGCUUUACAGUCAGAAACUGAGUCGAGUCGUGUCUCUGCAACGGACGGUUAGACGGGAAAUUCUUAACUUGGACGGUCAUAUAACUGACGCCACCAUGUGUAAACUAGAAAGAGGCUACGCGGCUGUGAUGCAGGAUUUGUCGGAGUGUGCAAUGAACAUGGAGAGAUGGGUGGAGCGAUGUAUCGGUCGAACGAUAUCUUCCGAGAAGAUUAAGCAGGCUUUUACCAGUGAAAUGGAUAGACUAUCGCUAUCUUCGUCGGGUUACCAAAAUGCGAGUUUAGAGGUUCAACUUGGAGAGCUGGAGAAUUCGUUCCAGAAGCUUUUAGAGGAAGUUUCCUCGGCUAAGAGCGGAGAUGGGGCGAAGGAUGCGCAAUCUGUGACAUUAAUGGAGGUUCGAGCGGAAUACGAAGACAAACUCAACCGGAUGAAGGCUAAAAUGAAACAACUGUAUCAAGAGCAAAUUUCCAUAUUCAAAGAGAGACAAAAAGAAGAGAUAUCGGCAUUGGAGAAAGAGUUGGAAGAGACUCGUAAUAAGCUCGAGGAGUCGAGUAGGACUUACCAGGAACAUAUAAGGUCGUUGACCACCGAGCUGUGGAAUGUCGGAGAGAAGUUCUUGAUGAAAAAGGAUGAGGCGGAGUGGCUGAGGAAGACUCAGCGGUCUGGCUCUCUUAUGUCCCUUCAACACGUGCAUUCGUCUGGUCUCGUAGCUCACCAAGAGGAGCCAUCCAGACCUUCAGAUUGUCAUUCAUUGCGCUCUCUGCCCGUCACCAACAACACUAAAGAAACCCGUGGCGUCCACACGUUAGACGAAGAAGGUGAGGUUUUUGACAACAGAUGGUUGAAUGAGUUGCAAUCUACGCCCAAGAAGGAGAAAGUCCCAAAUAAUGGGCAACGAUUGUCCGAAUUGAAGUGGAGGAACUCACUUUGUCCGCCGCAUCUCAAGAGUUCUUAUCCGGCUGAAACUCAGUUCGUGCAGGCUUUACAAGAGGACGAUAUUAAAAUGGGCUCAAUGUCCCUGGGUGGUAGAGGGGUGCGCAAAGAAGUGGGUAUUACUGCGUAUAAGAAGCCUGGACCACCAACGCCCAGCAAACAGGCCGGAAGACUAUCAGCCACUGACUCUGAACUGCGAGAGUCUCUCCGCGUGGAAGCUGAGCCCAACGCCUCCCGCAAGACUAGUACUCCGUCGCGUCUUCGCUCGUUAUUCCGUCCCAACAAGAACGAUACCACCGAAUCCACACCGCGGUCCAGACGCCUGAGCAACAUUUUCAGAAAAAAAUAAUUUCACUGUUUUAAUAUAUUAAUUUAUUAUAUUUGGAUUUAAUAAAACAUUUUGUCGA